AUGGCUCUUCUGAUGGUUCCAUUGCUGCCAGUUCAGGCAUCAGUGGAAAAUCCAAGUCUACUUCCUAGUCCUCCAAUGGGAUUCAACAAUUGGGCACGAUUUGAAUGUGAUCUCAAUGAGACACUCUUCACUGAGAGCGCCCAGUCCAUGUUGAGCCGUGGUCUACUUGAUGCAGGAUAUGACCGCCUCAAUCUCGACGACUGCUGGAUGCAGCAUGAUCGUGCGGCCAACGGCUCCUUGCAGUGGGAUACAACCAAGUUCCCAAAUGGUAUACCAUGGCUAGCGAACUAUGCCCAUGAGCUCGGCUUCCAUUUGGGUAUUUAUGAGGAUGCUGGAAAUGCUACCUGUGGUGGAUACCCAGGCUCCUACCAACAUGAACAACAAGAUGCCGACACUUUCGCCAGUUGGGGAAUUGACUACCUCAAGCUGGAUGGGUGUAAUGUCUACGCUGAGGAUGGUCGUCUCCUACGAGAUGAGUACAAGUAUCUCUACAGCGAGUGGCACAAGAUCCUAAGCGAUAUGUCUGAGCCAUUGAUCUUCUCUGAGUCUGCACCGGCAUACUUCUCCACAAAUGAGACAGAGUGGGCUCGGGUCAUGGAUUGGAUUCCGUAUAAUGGCGAACUUGCCCGUCACUCAGACGAUAUCCUAGUGUACAGUGGUGCUGGGAGUGCAUGGGAAAGUAUCAUGACGAAUUACGGGUACCAGAUUCAGCUUGUCCGCUAUCAACAGCCAGGCUAUUACAAUGAUCCCGACUUCCUAAUCCCCGAUCACCCCGGUCUGACAGAAGAUGAGAAGAAAUCUCACUUUGCCCUGUGGGCGUCGUUCGGUGCGCCAUUGAUCAUCAGUGCUUACAUCCCAGCACUACCGGAAGAGGUCAUUACUUUCCUGAAGAACAAAGAUCUCAUCGAUGUUGAUCAGGAUGCACUGGCUCAACAGGCUGCUCUAGUUACCCGGGAUUCCAAUUUCGAUGUCCUAACUCGCUCAUUGGCAAAUGGUGAUCGACUGCUAACCGUGCUAAACCGCGGGAACAAUACUGCAACAACAACUAUCCCAGUGACACAACUAGGUCUGGAUUCCAGCUGCAAGUACCGUGCACGGGAUCUCUGGACCGGUAUUGUGGAAACUAUCAAGGGCUCUGUUGAGGUUACUCUGGAUACACAUGCUACAAGUGUCUACCGCAUCACGCCUCCGCGUGGAUGUAUCAAGAUCACGCCGACGGGUAUGAUCUUUAACACAGCCUCCGGACGCUGCUUGACUGCUUCAUCAGGCAAGGCUACAUUCACAUCUUGCGAUGCUACAGACUCUCAAGUCUGGUCCGUGUCUGGUUCAGGUAGCAAACUUACUUUGAGCCCGUUAUCGGAUACCUCGAAGUGUCUUGCUUCGAAGGAUAAGUCUGUUCUGCUUGUGGCGUGCGGUUCUGGUUCUGGUACCAGCUGGUCACACUUUAUUACCGGCCAUCUGAAGAGUGCUAGUGGAGACUGCUUGGUUGAUUCUGUUGGGGCAAGCCUUGGGACUUGCGAUCAGGGUGUAGCGGGACAGAUCAUGGGAUUGCCUAGUGGUGUUCAGCUCGCUACCGGUACUGCUUGA